GGGGAGAGAGGGGCUGAGAAAGAGAGAAAGAGAGAGAGCUGGAGAGUCAGGGACAGGCAGCACUGAAAAGGAGAGCACAAAGAGGAGGAAAGUGGAGCGAGGGAGGGGAUCGGGAGACUGUGUGAAGGAAGAGAAAGGCAGGGAGAGGGGAAAGACAAAAGAAAGAGAGGGAGACGUAGCCGGGUGAACGGAGGGGAUCGCCGAGCAAAUGGCCACGGAGGAGACGGCGGGGGGAGCCAGGAAAGCCACCAAGAGCAAACUGUUUGAGUUCCUGGUCCAUGGAGUGCGUCCUGGAAUGCCGUCUGGAGCGCGGAUGCCCCACCAGGGGGCUCCCAUGGGCCCCCCAGGCCCCCCGUACGGGGGCAGCCCUGCAGUGCGGCCCGGCCUGCCCACCCCCGUUAUGGAACCCAGCCGCAAGAGACCCGCCCCCUCCCAGCAGGUCCAGCAGCAGGCUGUCCAGAACCGCUCCAGGAAGAAGCCUGUGGGAUUCCCUGGAGCCAAUGAGAUGCCGGCGAGGCAGAUGGACAUGAGAGAUGCCCAAUCAGAUCCCACGCUCGGAUCAAAUGCCAAGCGGAGGAAAAUGGCAGACAAGAUUCUUCCACAAAGGAUCCGUGAGCUGGUCCCAGAGUCCCAGGCCUACAUGGACCUGCUGGCCUUUGAGAGGAAGCUAGACCAGACCAUCAUGAGGAAGCGGGUGGACAUCCAGGAGGCCCUGAAGAGACCCAUGAAACAAAAGCGUAAACUGCGUCUGUACAUCUCCAACACCUUCAACCCUGCCAAGCCCGAUGCUGACGACUCAGAUGGGAGCAUUGCAUCCUGGGAGUUGCGUGUUGAGGGAAAGCUGCUAGAUGAUCCUGGGAAGCUGAAGAGGAAGUUCUCCUCGUUCUUCAAGAGCCUGGUGAUCGAGCUGGAUAAAGACCUGUACGGACCCGACAACCACCUGGUUGAGUGGCACCGUACGCCCACCACACAGGAGACGGACGGUUUCCAGGUGAAGAGGCCCGGAGACGUGAGCGUGCGCUGCACCCUCCUGCUGAUGCUGGACUACCAGCCCCCUCAGUUCAAGCUGGACCCACGGCUGGCACGUCUGCUGGGCAUUCACACCCAGACCCGCUCCUGUAUCAUCCAGGCUCUCUGGCAGUACGUCAAGACCAACAAGCUACAGGACUCCCACGACAAGGAGUACAUCAACUGUGACAAGUACUUCCAGCAGAUCUUUGACUGCCCCCGACUGAAGUUCUCAGAGAUCCCUCAGCGCCUCACCAACCUCCUCCUGCCCCCCGACCCCAUCGUCAUCAAUCACGUCAUCAGUGUGGACCCUAACGAUCAGAAGAAGACAGCCUGCUAUGACAUCGACGUGGAGGUGGAGGACCCCCUGAAAAGCCAGAUGAGCAGCUUCCUGCUCUCCACAGCCAAUCAGCAGGAGAUCGCCUCCCUGGACAACAAGAUCCACGAGACCAUCGAGUCAAUCAACCAGCUGAAGAUCCAGAGGGAUUUCAUGCUCAGCUUCUCCAGAGAUCCCAAGGGCUACAUCCAGGACUGGCUCAAAUCUCAGAGCAGAGACCUGAAGCUUAUGACGGAUGUGGUUGGGAACCCAGAGGAGGAGAGGAGGGCGGAGUUUUACCACGAGCCCUGGUCCCAGGAGGCAGUGAGCCGCUACUUCUACUGCAAGAUUCAGCAGAGGAGACAGGAGCUGGAGCAGGCCUUGGCUGUGAGAAACACCUAAACCUCCCCUACACCACUUCACUGUUCAUCUGGGCCAGAGCUGUGUGUGUGUUUGUGUAUUUGUGUCUAUGUAUACGUGUGUCUGUCUGCGUGUGUCGGCUACCGUUCAUCCGUUUCCCCUACUCUGGAGGACACAAGUCCACCGUGUCUUCUCUCUGGGACCACCAGUGUCCCCAGACACUGCUCUGCUCCUCACAUCCUCUCACAUCAUCGCAGGCCCCUGAUUCACACAAUCCUCUAGCAUGUCUCAGUGUCUUGAGUCUGGACCUUUGUCACAGACGGACUGCUCCGCUGGUUCCAGCGGGAGGUGGUGUAUACAGUGUUUCUGAGUCAGAACACCUCACUGUGUCUUCAAUAAGCCCAAAGUGUUCAAUAUGUCAUGUUUGUGAGUUUUCUUUUUUGGAUUGAUUUUAGUGUUUAAUUAGUUGUAUAAUUCAUAUAUGAAGGGGUGUUAUGUCUGUCUGUGGGAGGAAGGGAAAGGAUGGAGGGUCCUAAUGUUUUUGCUGUGGGUUUGAGGGUAUCAAACCAAUCUGUUACACCAGCAGACUGAAGGUCAGUUUUAUAACUAGCCGAGUUGAUUAAAGGACAGGAUUCUAUUUCCUGACUUAACCCAAACAGUAAGGUUUGUCGUUGGAAGUUGGUCAAAGAAGACAGUGUGAGAUUCUUUCCUCUUCAUGUAAUGUAAAAAUUCAACAACCAUGGAAAAGAUGCCAGUACAUAUAACCACCUUGUGUUACCACAGUAACAGUCCUGUGUGUCAGCUGAAGAGCAGACAAUGUUGAAGGAUAACUUGUAUUUGCCGCUGACUGACGGGUGUGUGUGAGGACUUAACCAUUCACACACUAGAGGUGAUGUUUUACAAUAUACAUGUCCACAGAGUAAUACCAGUGAGAUAUACGCAAAGAUAUACGGUAUAUCAAAUCAAGACAAAGUCAAGUAAGGACUUUACGUGACUUUUCUUUACAAACAGUUAUCCAGAGCACCUGCCGAGCAACCAGACCAAGUAUUAAAGCACCCAAUCACUUGCCAGUGAAAUAGCUUUAGUUGUGGAUAUUCGUGCUGCUAUUUUAGAGGAUAACUCCUUUCAGGAUCUCACACCACGUGUCCUGAAAAGCGACAACAAACUUGAUAAAACAGUAUUAGAUAUCUCUUUUCUCAUACCAGUGUUUUCUAACAUGUUAAGAAGGUUGUUCUUUAUCAAAAAUGUCAGCAUUGUCAGACUUGUCAGCAUUAAAUCUCACGUGUUGGUGUUUAUUUUAGCCUGCACAUAGAGCUGAUCUGCGUUUCAUGAAGUAUAUACCCACCGCAGUACCCUAUCCCUUGUUGAGGUCUGACAGAAUUUUGUCAUUUACAGUAAUGUCAUGAAGAAGUUUUCACCAAAGGUUCAAGUUGAUAGUAUUCUAAAGUUAAAGUUGAUAGUAUUCUUAUGAUUAAAAUGAACAAUGAAUGA